UAGAAGAGAGAAAGGAAAGUGAAAGUGAAGUAGUGAAAGAUGGGAAGUGAAGAGGUGAAGGUGGUGAGCUUUUGGGCGAGUCCAUUUGGUAAAAGGGUAGAGUGGGCUUUGAAACUCAAGGGUGUAGAAUAUGAGUACAUUGAAGAAGAUAUCUUCAACAAGAGCAAUCUCCUUCUCCAGCUGAACCCGGUUCACAAGAAGGUUCCGGUUCUUGUUCAUGCCCACAAACCCAUUGCUGAGUCACUUAUCAUCCUUGAAUACAUCGAUGAAACAUGGAAGCAGUAUCCACUCUUGCCUCAACAUCCUUAUCAAAGAGCACUUGUUCGCUUCUGGACUAAUUUCGUUGAGCAAAAGCUUUUUGAUGCAGCAUGGCUUGGUAUGUGUUCGAGCGGGGAUGAGCGGGAAAAGGGUGUGAAAGUAGCAAGAGAAGUAAUGGAGAAAAUAGAAGAAGAGAUAAAGGGAAAGAGAUUCUUUGGUGGGGAGAAUAUUGGGUACCUAGAUAUUGCACUUGGAUGGAUUUCGUACUGGCUCCCUGUUUGGGAGGAAGUUGGAUCAAUGGAGAUAAUAGAGUCAUUGAAAUAUCCAGCCACCACUGCAUGGAUCAACAAUUUUCUGACCCACCCUCUCAUCAAGGACACCUUUCCACCAAGAGACAACAUGAUUCUUUACUACAAUCGCAGAAAGACACUUUUUUCAACUUUUAAUGUUUAGAUCUCUCUAUACUUUAGUAGAAUAACAAUGGGACGGAACCAUACUAUCUAAGUGUGUAAUUCUUAUUUUUAUUUACAUAUGGUAUUUUGGGUUCCAUCUGCUACUACCAACCAUUUCUCUAAUUAUAAAGAAUAAAUCUAUUCCUCUCUGUUUA